CCAACAUUUAUUAGUAAGGUUUUAACAAGUGUGGGCUAUAAAUGUGCUAGGCUUGGUUUAGGUCUUCCUUCAAAUAAGGCCCAACCCAAUUCCCAGUAAAGUAGUGAAAAAAUUAAUUAUAUGAGUUCGUUUGACAAAUGGAUAUGGUAUAAUAAUUAAAUUCUCUUCGGAUUUCGGAAACCUGCGUGAGCGUGAAUGACUUUUUAAAAAAUGAUAAACAUAAUCCACCCUCGUGCCUUAUAACACGUGUGAGAAAACCGAGAAAGGGUCGAAAGAAAAAUCCCCAAUUACGAACACAAAUCGAAAUCCCCAAUUUCCGUUCGUGUUCCUCCCUCUCUAGGGUUUCCUCCAGCUACUCUCUCCCAGUCCUUUCCCAGCCAUGGAUCCCAAUCUCACGAUCUCGAGCUUCGACUCCGAUCCUGAAGCGGAUGCGAGUCUCAUACUCGCGGGCGAUGAAUCUUCUCCCGGAUCUGCCUCCUCCUCGAGCGAAGCCGAACUUGGAUCGGAGCCGAAGAGGCAGAAGGUCGAGGAAGCCGCCUUCGCCGCAGCCGACAAAAGCAGCGACGAGGUCCCCGGUGAUGAUGCUGGUGACAGCGACGAGGAUGAAGAGGAAGAAGAAGCCUCCGAUAGCAUGGUCUGGACUCAGACGCCGUCGACGCCCGUAAUCUGGUAUCCUGAAGAUGAGAUAGGGCGAAAGAAGUUUGACCUCUUCUAUGAGCAGAUUGCGGCAAGCGAGGGAUUUGAUUUUGACGAAGUUCCUCCGGUAGACAUCCUUGAGUACGGGGUUCUUCCCGUCGAUAUGGAUGAUGACGAUGACGGCCCGAAGGUCAGGGAAUGCGUGCGUUUCGUGAUUGAGCAACACAAUGCAAAUAACAUAGGGGUGUCGGAACUGGUUGAGGAUGAGAUUGUGAAGGCCAACUACGCACUUGUCAAUGGCAUAAACUAUUACAUCACGUUCAAGGCCACUGACAAUCUAGCUUCUGAUUCUGAAGAUGCCACCAAAGUCUACCAAGCCGAGGUUUAUCGGAGGCGGAAUGGUGUUAAACAGACUACACUUUUUCGCGUGAAGGGUCAAAGAGAACCCAUUCGAGAAGUGGAGGACCGCCCACGAACUUGUAUGUGAUGAUCAAUGGAGAGUUCAAGAGUUGAAGGCGGAACUGUUACGUUGGUGGUAAUAUUCUGUUCUUCCUCACCUGCAGUUGUCUUGAGUUAUGUUGAAUGGUUAUAGAGCAUGGCUUGACUGUUCCCUAUAAAUAGGAAGUGUGGAGUAGUCAAGAGGGAAUAUCAAAUAUCAAUUAUGGUAGUUGAGGCCUAAUACAUAUCUUCCUUAGCU